AUGGAGCAUAGGGCUCAACUCUAUAAGGAUUCCGAAGGACAACCGAUUGAUGCAACUGAAUAUCGAAGAGUCAUUGGUUGUCUGCGAUAUCUCCUUCAUACAAGACCAGAUCUUUCUUAUGUUGUUGGUGUUGUCAGUAGAUUCAUGGAGAGGCCAACUGAGAUACAUCACAAGGCAGUGAAGCAGGUGCUUCGAUACCUUCAAGGCACUAUACACUUAGGUCUAGUGUUUCGAAAAGGAGGCGGUGACGAGGAAAUAGUGGGUUACUCUGAUAGUGAUCUCGCAGGUGACCUAGAUGACCGGAAAAGUACGGGGGGCAUGGCGUUCUACAUUAACGAUAGUCUUGUUUCGUGGAACUCCCAGAAACAGAAAACAGUGGCAUUAUCCUCAUGUGAAGCAGAGUUCAUGGCUGCAGCAGCGGCAGCGUGUCAAGCACUUUGGUUGAAAUCAUUGUUGUUUGAACUAAGUGGUUCGAAAUCUAAGGUAGUGAAGCUCUACGUUGACAACAAGUCUGCACUUGCACUCAUGAAAAACCCAGUUUUUCAUGGUCGUAGCAAACACAUCGACACAAAAUAUCAUUUCAUUCGAGAGUGUGUUGAAGGAAGUCAAAUCAAAGUAGAAUUUGUUCGAACGGAUGAACAGAAGGCCGACAUACUUACGAAAGCUUUGCCAGCAUCAAAACUGGUGAUGAUGCGACACCUGAUUGAUAUUCCUACAAAAGGGGUUGUAUCUGUUUUCAAAAGACAACAAUUGCAACUUCAAACCACAAGAUCCUGGGAUUAUAUUGGUUUGUCACUAAAUGUUUCGCGAAAUCCAAUUAUUGAGAGUGAUAUUAUAAUUGGACACUUUGACGGCGGUGUAAUACCAGAGUCACAUAGUUUUUCGGAUCACGGUUUAAGCCAUGUACCUACAAAAUGGAAAGGUGUCUGUGAUGGUGGAAAAGACUUCGUCUGUAACAGAAAGAUAAUUGGAGCGAGGGGCUACGACAUAUAUGAUAAGUCCGCAAGGGAUAAUAAUAAUGGACAUGGAACUCACACGGCCUCUACAGCUGUGGGGAGGGUACUGGAAAACACUAGUUUUUUUGGGAUAGCAAACGGAACUGCUAGAGGAGGAGUCCCAUCGGCAAGGAUUGCUGUGUAUAAAGUGUGUGCAGCCUUUUGUUUUAAUGAUUAUGUGUUGGCUGCCUUUGAUGAUGCAAUUGCAGACAACGUUGACAUCAUUACCAUCUCUCUUAAUAUUAAAGUUAGAAACCUAAAAUUGAGCAGUGAUGCGUUUUCUAUUGGAUCAUUUCAUGCAAUAGAAAAAGGUAUUUUAACUGUACAUAUUGCGGGAAAUAAUGGAAAUUUCGGGUUCGCAACGACAGACAGCUUUGCGCCAUGGGUUUUCACAGUAGCCGCAAAAAGUGUCGGUGCAAGCGGAGUUGUUCUUCGAACAAAUGAAACAUCAGAAUAUGGUCCAAUUGUAGCUCUACCCACUGCGAUAUUGAAUGACUCUGACUUUCUUGAUCUUACAUCUUACCUCAAUUCCAAAACGGUGCACUUGGGACGCAUAACGAAGAGUGAGAUUGUUGAGAAUAAUACUCCUUUAAUCGCUUCUUAUUCGAGCAGAGGACCUAACAGAAUUUUUCCACAAAUUUUGAAGCCAGAUAUAACCGCACCGGGCACAUAUAUUUUAGCGGCAUUUCUUCAAUCAUCGAAUCCUUCAUCCACAUCAGAUUCUAAAACAUUCAAGACUAAUUACACCUUCAUGACUGGAACUUCCAUGGCGUGUCCACAUGUUGCUGGUGUAGUAGCUUAUGUGAAAUCAAAACAUCCUGAUUGGUCUUUUUCCGCCAUCAAAUCUUCACUCAUGACUUCUGCUUGGAAUAUGAAUUCAAAUUACAAUUUGGACAAUGAACUUGGUCACGGAGCAGGGCACGUUGAUCCAGUGAAAGCUCUAAAUUCUGGCCUUGUGUAUGAGACAUCUAUAGACAACUAUUUCAAAAUGUUUUGUAGUCUCGGCUCAGAAGGUGAUAAAUUGAUAAAAAUGCUCAAAGGAAAAAAUAAGUGUACAAAGGGGAUUACAACAUCAUCUCCAAAAGAUCUCAAUUACCCAACAAUGACUACAUCGGUGCAUAAGAACUCGAAUUUCACCGUUACAUUCUUGAGAGUUGUGACAAAUGUUGGAAAUAGUAACUCUACAUAUUACGCCGAAACCGUUACGGGUGAUAGCAUGGUCCAUAUUAGUGUUGAGCCAAGCAUCCUCUCUUUUGUUAAUCUGAAAGAGAAGAAAUCUUUUUUGGUGACCGUUAGUGGAAAGUGGUUAAACCAAAAUCAUAUUUCAUGUUCUUUAACCUGGUCUGACGGUACUCAUAGAGUUAGAAGCCCAAUUCUCUUGUACGAGUCAUCAUUGAUUUGA